CCGGAGGUGUCGUGGAUCCCCAACAAGCACUACUCCGGCAUCUACGGGCUGAUGAAGCUGACGCUUACCAAGGCGCUGCCCUCCAACCUCUCCAAGGUCAUCGUCUUGGACACCGACAUCACCUUUGCCACCGACAUCGCUGAGCUCUGGGCUGUCUUUGGGAAGUUUUCUGACAAGCAGGUGAUUGGGCUGGUGGAGAACCAAAGCGACUGGUAUUUGGGCAACCUGUGGAAAAACCACAAACCGUGGCCGGCCCUGGGACGUGGCUUCAACACGGGGGUGAUCCUGCUCCUGCUCGACCGCCUGCGUCGCCUGGGCUGGGAGCAGAUGUGGCGGCUGACGGCGGAGCGGGAGCUCAUGAGCAUGCUUUCCACCUCGCUGGCCGAUCAGGACAUCUUUAAUGCGGUGAUCAAGCAGGACCCGGCCCUGGUGUACCGGCUCCCCUGCUUCUGGAACGUGCAGCUCUCUGAUCACACCCGCUCGGAGCAGUGCUACACCGAGGUCUCGGAUCUCAAGGUGAUCCACUGGAACUCGCCCAAGAAGCUGCGGGUGAAGAACAAGCACGUGGAGUUCUUCCUGGACGAGGACGAUCCCUGCUACGAUUUCCGCCGGCAGCACCUCACGCAGCACCGCAUCCACCUGUUCUUCCUGCAGUACGAGUUCUUGGCCCUUCCCAACCCCACCGAUGUCACCCUCGUGGCCCAGCUCUCCAUGGACAGGUACUUGCUGGUGAGGCUGGUGGGAGGUCGGAUCCCACCUCCACUCCUCUGGGGUGGCUCCACAGCUUGGCAGCUACCAGGGAUCUCGAAACAUGGGUUCCUCACCCUCACGCCAGCGCUUUGCAGUGCCCGCCGCAACGUCGCCUACCACAUCGUCUAUAAGGAGGGGCAGUUCUACCCCAUCAACCUGCUGCGCAACGUGGCCUUGGCCAACACGCAGACGCCAUACGUCUUUCUGACGGACAUUGACUUCCUGCCUAUGUAUGGCCUCUACGAUUACCUCAGGAACUCCAUCCAGCAGCUGGAGCUGCCCCAGAGGAAGGCAGCUCUCAUCGUGCCGGCGUUCGAGACCCUGCACUACCGCUUGACCUUCCCCAAAUCCAAAGCAGAGCUGCUCUCCAUGCUGGACAUGGGCUCCCUCUACACCUUCAGGUACCACGUGUGGCCAAAAGGCCAUGCCCCAACUGACUAUGCCAAGUGGCGGACGGCCACCGUGCCGUACCGGGAGCCUUACGUUGUAGUGAGGCGAGACUGCCCCAAGUACGACCAGAGGUUUGUGGGCUUCGGUUGGAACAAGGUGUCCCACAUCAUGGAGCUGGAUGCGCAGGAGUAUGAGCUGCUGGUCCUGCCCAACGCCUUCAUGAUCCACAUGCCCCAUGCCCCCAGCUUCGACAUCUCCAAGUUUCGCCUGAGCGCAGGGUACCGGGGCUGCCUCCAGACGCUGCGGGAGGAGUUCCACCAGGACCUUCACUCAGAGCAGGACGGGCUGUCUGCUGUCCCCAGCAGAGAGCUCCCAGAACAGGCCUGCGCCUCCCGGCUGGAAGCAGCCGUGCUGGUGACGGGCCCCGUCCUGGGGCUGGCAGUGCCCCGCCGGGCAGGGCUGCGAACCACGCCAGGCAGCCAUCGCGACGGGCAAAACAGCAGCUUCGUGGGCCAGCACACGCUUGGAGAAAUUCCUGGCAGGGGACCACCCUGCUCCUCCCCAGCUCUUGGCAGCGCAGACGUUGCCAUCAACAAUCAGGGAUGUGGUUGA